CUUGCGGCUAAGUUUGUUCGAAUCGUUUUCGGUUUCUUGUUCCUCUCGACUUCAUCGAGGAUGGCUUGCUUGGUUUCUCGCACCGGAAGGGACUUGCAGCGUUACGACAAUCUCGGACGCCGCCAAGUCGUCGGAUGCAUUCCCUAUAGAUUUAAAUGCAGCAACGAUGGAACCGUUACUGAUGAGUUGGAGGUUCUCUUAAUCUCUUCACAGAAAGGUCAAAAGAUGAUGUUUCCCAAGGGUGGUUGGGAGCUUGAUGAAUCCAGGGAAGAUGCUGCUUUAAGAGAGUCGGUUGAAGAAGCUGGAGUUAUUGGCAAUGUUGAGAUGAAUGUGAAGGAAGCUAGGGAUGUAUGCCAGCAUUGGUGGAUGAAGGAAGCAUUGGACAUAUUUGUUGAAAGACUGAGUUCUUUGCAGCAAUAGAAAGAAAAAACAUUUCAAUUUCAUUGUCUGUAAAUAGGGGUUUU